ACUUAGAUAAGAAUUCGCAAACCGGGAGGACGGCGCGCAUUAAGUGUAUUAAAUCGACUUCAGCUCAACUGUACUAGAUAAACUAAUAGCUUUUCACAACAAUUUCGUCAAUCCAAGUGUUGGUCUCCCCUUUGCCGCUCCAUUUAAAACAAAGCCAGCAAUAUGUCGAGCGUGCCAAAGCGACAAAAGUUGGAUGCUGCCGCCGAUGGAAAUACAUCUGCCGGUGCUAACGAGGAGGAGUCGGAGGCGCUGGAACUAAUCGAUGCCUGUCAAAACGAAAUUGACGCGCUUAACGAGAAAGCCAGUGAAGAGAUACUGAAAGUGGAGCAAAAAUAUAACAAACUGCGGAAACCGUGUUACGAAAAGCGCAGUGAACUUGUCAAACGUAUCCCCAACUUUUGGGUUACUUCUUUUAUUAACCACCCGCAAGUAUCCGGCAUUCUGGACGAAGAAGAGGAGGAGUGUCUACAUGCACUAAACAAACUGGAGGUUGAGGAAUUCGAGGACAUAAAAUCAGGAUACCGCAUAAAUUUCCAUUUCGAUGAAAAUCCGUACUUUGAGAACAAGGUUCUUACCAAAGAGUUUCAUUUGAAUUCAGCGGCUGCCUCUGAAAAUGGUGAUUGGCCCGCGUCUACGAGCACACCCAUUCAAUGGAAGGAGGGCAAGAAUUUACUUAAACAGUUGCUAACGAAACCUUAUGGCAAUAAGAAGAAACGGAAUUCCGAUUAUAAGACGUUCUUCGAUUGGUUUUCGGACAAUGCUGACCCCGUCAAUGACGAGAUUGCUGAACUGAUAAAGGAUGAUCUUUGGCCAAAUCCACUCCAGUAUUAUCUCGUACCUGAUAUUGAGGUGGAACCCGAGGAUGAUGAUGAAAAUGAAGACAACGAAGAGGAAGCGUUCGAUGAUGAAGAUGGAGAGGAUGAAGGCGACGAAGACCUCGAAGAUGAAGAUGACAAGUAAAUCCUUAAAUCAAUACAUAUAUGCAAUUUGAUUUUUCCAAUUUAUUUCCCUAUGUGCUAACCACUUAAAACUAUUAUUUUAUGUAUGGUUAUGUCGGAACGGGAGUAUAAAGACGUAAACAUGAUUUUAACUUUUACGUGAGCAUUGCAAAUACCAUUUUAGACAGUUAUAUAGUUACUUAUUAAGUAAAAUGAAUACGUAUUUCCGAAAAACCCAUCUAC